AUGGACGAAUCGGAGAUCACAGAAGCCCUCUCUUUUCCAGUUGGAUUGAAAAGUAUGCUGCUAUUUCUUACAUGCGUGGCUCGCGACCUCACUCCCACGUCUGAUCGGUCACCCCAUUUGGACGUCCUCCCUCGUGCGCUGAGAGACUUGUACAGCAACAUGUCUCGUACGACGGAGGGGCAUAUCCCUACCGCGUUUUUGACUGUGUUGCAUCAGGGUGUGCUUCAGUUCGGGGAGAUUGAUGGAUCGGGCAAGAAUGGAAUGUUAGGAGGGUACGUGCAGCAAGAUGCUGAGGGGUGUUGCCAGUGGACACAGCUUACUAACGGCUUGAAAGAGGUCCCUGAGAUCGAUACUACGGGUAAUACAGUGGUGGGGGGAAGGAGAUUCGUUGAUCAGUUUAUGAUGGCAGAGAUGCAUUUGAAAUGCGACAAAGCGCCUGAAGAGCCUAGCAUUGUUACGAUAGAAAAGGUACUGAAAAUCAAGUGCGAUAUUUCAGCGACAACGAAUUCUAUGCACACUGGUAUCAAGGAUAUAUGCGCGUUUUUUGUGCCUGGGUUGGUCUUUGCUUACGCGCACACAGGCAAUGAACUCUCAAUUGGAAAAGAACUUGGGCGUCAAGCAGUUUACAGCCAGACGUUGCGUCUCUCGCGCCUACCAAGUUACCUGACGGUGCACAUGGUUCGUUUUGCAUGGAGACGCGAUAUCGGAAAGAAGGCCAAAAUUAUGCGCAAAGUGAAGUUUGCGUCAGAGUUUGAUGCGCUGGAAGUAGUGACCGAAGAGCUCAUGCCGGUGUCCAGCCUGCUAAAGUCUAAAGACGAACCACUUGAUCUGAAAGCGGGUGACGCGUAA